GAAGCUCAUAGACUUCAAAUUUCAAAAAAGAAAAAAAUAAAUAACAAGAGAUAAAAACAAAAGCAGUUUUUGUCCCAAACAAAACUUCCCCAUCAAUUCACCCUGAAAAAUUCCAAAACCCUAAUGCAGAAACCCAACUCAGCUGCCACUCUGCACCAGCAGCUCCCCUUUAAAGCCCCCUCUCUCUCCUCCCUCAAAUGCUUCAUUUUAAGCCUUCAACUUUUUCUAUCUCUAGACCCCAAUUUGAUUCCCCAAAGCCCAAUUUCCAGCUCCCAAAAAGCUUUCACCUUUACCCUUCAAAUCUCUCAAUCCAAUGAAUCACAGCAACCCAAAUAAAUAGAUUUGAGUCAGACCCUGUGAAAAUCACAAACCCAAUUCCCAAAAAUCAAACACAGUCCAAAAGCCUUUUGCUUUACCAUGAUGAAUUCCGUAGACAUUCACCCACUCAUCGGGUACUCAAUCGGCGACGAGCUCCUCCAAAGCCGGCGGCUCAUGCGCCACGGCCCGCCACCGUUGCGGGGCGCGAUGCGGCUCUUUCGGCGCGCCAGCGGGCGCCGAAUGAGACUGCGGGACCCGUCGGUUAGGGUCCGGGAGAACGCGGCGGAGGAGCUGGAAGAGAGGCAGAGCUUCUGGUUUCACUCGAAGCCCGCCAUAAUUCUGGACCUGCUGUGGAAUUUGGUUUUUGUGAUUGUUGGGUUCACUGUGCUGGGGCUGAGUGUGGAGGAGAAGCCAUUGGUGCCUAUGAGGAUUUGGGUUGUUGGGUACAUUUUGCUGUGUGUUGUUCAUGUUGGGUGCGUGGUUGCGGCGUAUUGGAGGAGGGGCGAGGCGGGUUGGGGGAGUGGUGGGAGUGAGAGUUUGGUGUCAGGGAGUAAUGUUGGAGGUUAUGGGGGUGAGCAUGGUUUGGCUGAUGAUACAAGUAUCACCAAAAAUCUGGAGUCGGCUAAUAGCAUGUUUUCAUUUAUUUGGUGGGUCAUUGGCUUCUACUGGGUGCUUAAUGGUGGCCAGGCUUUGCUAUCUAGUUCACCUCGCCUUUACUGGCUCUGUGUUUCAUUUCUAGUUUUUGAUGUUGCCUUCAUCAUUGUAUGUGUUGCUGCUUCCUGUCUCGUUGGAAUUGCAGUCUGCUGCUUUCUGCCAUGCAUAAUAGCAAUCUUAUAUGCGGUGACAGAUCAGGAUGGGGCAACAGAUGAGGAGAUUGAUAGAUUGCCAAAGUUCAAAUUCAGAAGGGUAAGUAACACGGAGAAAGUCAAUGGUGAGGUCCAAGUUUCUGAAGGAUUCAUGACCGAAUGUGACACCAAUGCACAAAACGAUCAUCCUAUUUCCCAGGCUGAUGCUGAAUGCUGCAUCUGCCUUUCUGUGUACGAGAAUGGAGCAGAACUACGCCAACUUCCUUGCCAGCAUCAUUUUCACUGCACUUGCAUAGACAAAUGGUUACAUAUCAAUGCUACCUGCCCUAUGUGCAAGUUCAACAUUUUAAGGCCUCGUGGCCGACAUGAAAUCGGACAAGUGUGAACGGGAACGGAAUCAAAUAUGUCGAUAUUAGGGAAACCAAAAUCGAUAUAUUAUGUAAAGUUAGUGUAAACUAACUUGUAAUGCUAAAUAAGAAAAUAUAAUAGAUGGUUACUAUGCUUAAUUAAUGUGUGGGGGAUUAUAUUUCA